AUGGCCGGGCAGGAGUGGGACUGGUUCCAGCGCGAGGAGCUCAUCGGGCACAUCAGCGACAUCCGAGUGCAGAACCUCCAAGUUGAACGCGAAAAUGUACAGAAGAGGACCUUUACCAGAUGGAUAAACCUGCAUUUGGGAAAGUGCAAGCCUCCUUUGAAAGUGAAAGACUUGUUUAUUGAUAUACAAGAUGGCAAAAUCUUGAUGGCGCUCCUGGAAGUCCUGUCAGGACAAAAGCUGAUGCAUGAAUACAAAUCUUCAACCCAUCGCAUUUUUCGUUUGAACAACAUAGCCAAAGCACUUAAGUUCUUGGAGGACAGUAACGUAAAGCUUGUUAGCAUUGAUGCAGCAGAAAUAGCAGAUGGAAAUUCCUCUCUGGUACUUGGACUAAUAUGGAAUAUAAUCUUGUUUUUUCAGAUUAAGGAACUUACAGGCAACCUCAACAGGAACUCCUCCUCCUCCAGCCUGUCCUCUGGGCCCAGUGGUCCAGAGUCAGACACAUCCCCCAGCACUCCCAGCGUGGAGAGAAACAUGACAAUUACAGUGAAGGACCAGCGGAAAGCCAUCAGGGCCCUUCUAAUCUGGGUUCAGAGGAAAACCAGAAAGUAUGGCGUUGCAGUCCAGGACUUUACAAGUAGUUGGAGGAGUGGCCUUGCUUUCUUAGCUGUCAUAAAAGCCAUAGAUUGCACUUUGGUAGACAUGAAGCAUGCACUGGAGAAAUCAGCACGAGAAAACCUGGAGGAUGCUUUCAGCAUAGCACAGAAUAAACUGGGUGUCCCUCGGCUCCUUGAACCAGAAGAUAUCAUGGUGGAGUCACCCGAUGAACAGUCAAUUGUGACAUAUGUGGCACAAUUUCUGGAGCACUUCCCAGAGCUGGAAGGGGAAGACUUUACAGAUCCUGACAAGGAGCUUCCAAUUGAGUCCACUUAUGUCCACAUCAAAGAUACACCAUCAGAAAAGGAAGGCAAAAUCUUGAUUUUAAGUGAAAGUGAUGAAAGCAUGUAUACUGUUAAUCAUGAGAGGAGUCAUCCAGCUCCUCCAAAGGUCCAUAUUCAUGAUAUCCCUGAGAGAAUCCCAUCAGAAACCACUUCUGAAAACUGUAAUGGGAAACUGAAUCAAGUGUUAGAUGAUGUACAGGGAACAUCUGAAGAGGAGCCUCAAAGGCCUACCUCACUGAAAAUUACAGGACCUGUCAGUUUUGAAUCCAAUUCCUCUUGGGAGGUUCUAAAUGAUAAAUUCAUGCCAGGUGAAGAGAGCGUCUCUGAUGAUCCACUGAAACAGAAUGAUGACCUUUCUCCAGCUGUUCUGACAGAUCAUAAAAAUUCUGUUGACUCUCUUGAAGAAUACUCUGAAGAAUUAACUAAGGAAACCCCUACUGAAUACGACAACGAAACCAAGAGCCUUUCAGCCAAUACUUCUUCUUUGAGUCCAUUAUCCUGGACUUCAGGUAUACUUACAGAUGAUUCUAUUAAUAAAGUUGAAGAGAGCAAACCCCAGUCUUCAAUUCUUUUACCAGAAGAUACAUCAAAACAAGAAGAUACGCAGAAGUACAUUCUCCACCUUCUAAAUGAGGAAAUACAGACGCUUCCUCAAGAUGAACAUACAAAGGAAUCACCUGUCCUUGAGACAGUAGAAACAAACCCUUGUUCACAGAAUGGUUCUAAUCUUGAAAGCCAAGAACUAUCUACACAGCAUGAAAUAUCUGAUGACUCUCUCUCAGAUGUACCUAAAACUCCAGAGGACUUGGACAGCUGUGAUGAAGUCGAGUCUGCAGCUGAAGUGCUACCGAGUUCUUCGAAAGUAUCUGUGAUACCCCAUGAUCUCUUUUAUUAUCCACAUUAUAAUGUUCCCAUAUCAGCAGUUCUGAACGCUUACCUCGAGCCCUGUAUCGAAGCUUAUGAUGCAGGAAAUGAAAAGGCUUCUUCUGAAACAGUAACAGAUGUUUUAUAUGACAAGAACUUACCAGAAGAGGACCACAAGGAAGAUGCUCCAGAGCCAGACUUGGAGAAUAAGCUAGGUACCUCUCCAUCAGAAACAGAUUCCGAGAACAGUGAGGAGGAAACUACAAAAACAAGCAGUCAUGUGAAUUCCUCCGAUGAAAAAGAAGUGCCAUUAAUAGUAGAAGAGCUAGAAAUAGAAGAAGAUGGCAAUAAGGCCACCAACCAUGAAGAUUCCACUAUUCCACAACAUCCUGAGGCCAUAGUAGAACAUUUAGAGGAUUUACCAGUAGCCAUAAAGACGCCAGAAGAAACUAAUAGGGAGGAGGAAGAGAAAAAUAUGAUUGAAGAAGAUUUGCAGAUCUCAGAAGUUGCCACUACUGAUCUAUCACAAGAUGGCCUGGAAGAAAAUGCUGAAUUCCAGGAAUUUACCAGAAGCAGUGACAGUGAUGCCAACAUUCAUCUCCGAAAAAGGUUUUCUCAUAAUGCUUCUGAAGAGGAAACCUAUUGUGUAGAUGAGCAGAAGAUCACAGAUAUGGAUGAAAAUCCAGUAAUCAUCGGGAAGAAAAAGGACAUGGAAGCAAGAGAGACUCCUGCACCAACUCAUGAGAUAACAAUUUUUGAGCAGCCAGAGCUAUUCUACUUUGUCAUCUUCUUCUGGGUGCUGGUCUACUGCCUUUUACUCCUUCCACAGCUUCUUAGCAACAAAGUUUGA